AUGGCACCACUGCCCGGGCAGCAGCACUCCCCGACGACACAGCCCUCCCCUGAUGCAGGCGGCGGGGGCGGGCGCUCCCCGCCCGCGGGGCCGGGCGGCGGCCACCCCCGUGGCCCGACCCCCCGCCGCGCCGUGCCCGUCUACACCCUCAACUUGCGGGUCUUGUGGCCGCUGGUGACCGGCCUCUGCACCGCGCUCCUCUGCCUCUACCAGGCCCUGCGGGGCGGCGCGGCCGGGGAGGGCGCGGCGGAGGCGGGUUCCGUCCCGUUCCUCAAGGGCUCGGCGCUGCUGCUGCUGGGCUGCCUGCUGGCCCGCUGCUGCGGCGCGGCGGGCGGCGGCCCGAGGCCCGGCGGGGUCCGGGCGGCGGGGGCGGCGGGGUCGCGGCGCAGCGCCCUGGAGACCUUCUACGCGCGGCAGCUGCGGCUCUCGCCCCAUGUGCUGGGCCACAGCAAGGCGCACGUCGGGCGCGUCGUGGCCGAGCUGGUGCGCGCCGCCAAGGCGCAGGGGCUGCAGCCCGGCCCGCUGGCCCUCAGCCUGCGCGGGGACUUUGUCCGCAUCGGCAGCGCCUACGAGCAGCACAAGGUGCGCAGCCCCGACUGCUUCGACAUCCUGGUGCCCCUGCGGCUGCCGCCGCACCUGGAGCCCCAGCCGCGCCGCGCCGAUGGGCUGGGGCCGCACGGUGCCUUCGUCUGCGGCCUGCGAGCGAGAGCCGGCUGGCCGCGCCGCUACCGGCCCUUCGCCGAGGGCUUCUGUGUGGAGCUGCAGGGCCGCAGCCACCUCUCCUCGGGGCUGGUGCUGCGCUGGUUCCAGGGCCACCUGCAGCGGUGCCUGGGUGCCGUGCGGUACCGGCUGCAGGAGCGCUGCCGCAUCAGCCUCUCGGCCUGCCCCGGGCGCCUGCCCACGCUGCACAUCCUGCCCUGCUCCGACUACGUCUGCUGCCACAUCUCCAUGGCCGUGCGCCUCAUCCCUGCCAUCCCCCUCGGCGACGCGCUCUACCUCACGGCCCUGCCGCCCGAGGGCCCGCAGGCACCCCCGGCCCCCGAGGCCCUCUGGGGCCUCAAUGCUUCACGGCAGGAGCAGCGGCUGCUGAGCUGGCUGAAGGAGCAGGCCCCGGCCUCCUCCUGCCACCUCAAGUGCCUGCAGAUCCUCAAGGGCCUGCGGGACCUCCGCAGGCAGGGCCUGGAGGAGCCCUUCUGCUCCCAGUGGGGCCAGGUGCUCUCCUCCUACGUGCUGAAGACGGCCCUCUUCUCCCUGCUGCUGCAGGGGCCCUUGGACGCCUGGGACGAGCGGUUCCUGGUGGAGCGGCUGGAGGACCUGGUGCUGUACCUCAGGGACUGCCUGCGCAAGCAGGUGCUGAUGCAUUUCUUCCUGGGCAACGCCAGCCUCCCCGAGGCCGUGGCGCUGCCCCGGUUCCUCAAGGAAGCCGCGCCUGUGAAUUUGCUGGCCGCCUUCGACGGGCCCACGCUGGACCUGGCCGCCUUCCAGCUGAUCAACACCUGGUUCCAGGCCCCGCACAUCAUCAGGAUGUACAGCAGCCCGCGGUACUUGCGACCAGCGCUCACCCCGUGCCGGCACGUUGCCGAGGCCAGGCAGGAGCCACUGGGAGAGUGAGCUGGUGGCCAGGUUGGCCAGCGUCACCAGCGGACCCUGCCAAGGCAGCGUGCGCUCCCAGCCUGAGGAAGGUGGGAUCUGCCUGAGGAAGGUGGGAUCUGUUUAAAUGUGGUCCUGUGGUUUUCUCCUCUACCUGAGAAAACUAUGAAACCAGAGGCCAAGACUUAAUGAAGUUGUGAUUCUUGUUUUUUAAUCUUGUUGGUUGUUCGUGGGAACAUUGUGAAAUUUCUGGGGAAAUGCCUUAGUUGAGAAGCGUUACGUUCAAUCGACUGUUUGCAAGCCUAACUUUAACAAGGCUCAGACUGACAUUUCUGGAAAUCCAUGUUAACUUGUCUUAGUGGCAAAACUGACCUUUUUCUGAGAUUUGCUUUUUAUGAUACAAAAUCCAUUUGGGAUUUAAAAAUCCUGUAAGUGCAAACAAACCCGCCCCCAGUGUACCAAGAUGCUCUUAAAAUGCAAUGAGCGCCAGAGCAAGGGUGUUGAUCACAGCUUGAAAUGCUCAAUGACAUGCUUUAAAUUUCCUGUGUAAUCAAUUACGUUGUGCUGAAUAGAAAUACAAUACGCAUGCUAAUGUAAAAUUGAGGGAAGAAGCUAAACCUGUCUCCUACAACAGUGUGAAGAAUUUAGUUGCAUGUUUCCUUGUUCAAGUGAAGGUUAUACUGAAGGAUUGAAAUGUAGAUAAAAGGAAACCAAUAGCACUUUAUUUUCACAAAAGCCUUCUUUUUAGGGUAAUUGGCUGCACUAAAUACUUGCUACAGAGGAGGCAUUAGUAUUUUGUUAAAGGGAUGAUGUUUGAAUCAUCCUGAAGAAAACCUUCUUUUAUGGAAAUACUCUGAGGUUGGUUUGUUUGUGGGUUCUUGUUGAGAUUUUUUUUUUUCCGUGGCUUCAAGUAUUAUUUUCUUAGAAUUUCCUUUACCUUGAGGACCAACAACAAAACUGAGACAUUCUGUAUUAUUUUUUUCUUGGAACAAACCUUAAACCAGUCCAAAUCUCAGUGCUUUAAGCUGACUGCUGCGUCCUCCUGCCCUCGCGUAGUAGUUUGGUGGGAUUUUUGGAUGACUGUCUAGCCAGUUGUCUGAUUGUGGCAGUGUUUUGACCAAAUAACCUGAUGGGAUUUUCUAGUGCCGUGCUAUAGCAAAUAGUUAUUGCGGGGAGGAGGAAGUGAAAUAUUUCAGGGUACUUUAAAAUUAUUUAGCACUAAUUCAUGGUACAGUGGCAGUCCUAGGCUAUGGAUUCUGGUAUCCUCUAAAUAGAAACAUCAGCCAGAUAAUUUCCACUUCUUGCCUGGUUACGUGCCAGUCGCUGGAAUAACCUGGUGAGUUGUAAUGCAGCCAGCUCUGCAAGUGUCCUUAGCUCCCUGUGCAGGUACCCGGAGUACGGGAACCCGGUGUGUCCCAGGGUGUCAGCAACUUCAGACCUUCAAAUCCUCGCUUUAUUGGGUCACCUGCUCAAGUAUUUGAUGUGUUAAUACGCAAAAUGUGUUGCUGAAUUGCUGGCGCUCAGGAAACUGAGCGUGUGCCUUAUUACCCACUGCACUAUGUCCUAGGCGAGCAGUCUGAAGUGAAUUAUAAAUGACCAAGUGUAACUUCUGGGAAGCUUUAGGAUAACUCAGAGUUACUAAUACACUCCUCUCCCUCAUGUACAUAGAGAUACCGGUGUGCUUUAUUUACAGUUCUAUGCAUCAGAGCACAAACCAAACAUUUUCGAAAUCUAUGAAGCUUUAUAAAAUUCUAUUUUUCUAAAUGGAAAAACUCCCUAGGCAGAUGUUUGCCUACUUCUGUCUGUUUUUUUAACUGCUCUGCAGUCUUAUUUUCACGUAAUUAUAGCCUAGGUCACACCCGCAAGUUGGGUUAUUUUUAUAUAUGAAGCACUGUGCUUCUUUCUACAAAUACAAAUAGGGUAUUUAUAGGUAGUAUUGAUCAAAUGUUCUUUGCACAUGGUAUUUAAGGCUAAACGAGCUAUCUUGGUGUUUUGAUUUAUUUUUUUGGUAGUAGACCAUGAUACGUACUAUUUUUGCAGAGUUGUGUUACUUGGUAUUUGAAAUAAAACGCAGUUCUGCAAUCGAUGCCAUUGAACCUUUUGCCCAAAGAAGGACUAGAUGACCGGCCCAGGGUGUUGUGGAUGCCUGAACCAGUGACAUAAAACCCCUUUAGCUGUUAAUUCUGGCAUCAUAACCACUUCAGUCAGCUGUCGGUUUGUUUACAUCACUGUGCACCCUGUCUCUGAAAAGUGAUCUUUUCUCUGAAAAGGGGUGCAUGUUUGGUGUGGUUUUAGUAUUGCUGCGAUACGUGGAAAUCUGUAACGGGCUUGGUAAGGGCUUUCUCACUAAAAUGUAGUAAUGCCAGGAAAAGACAGUUGCAUUAGGAAAUGUAUGAGGAGAGAUGGUGGAGAAUAUAAAUAGUUUAGAAAAUGAAAGUUGGGCUGAGGAGUGAGUGAGUGUGAUGGUAAACUCUCAGUGAAGAUCCACUGCAAACAAGCCAAAGGACAUGGGGAUAAAAUUGGGAGAGAGCUAUUGAAAGCAAGGCAGCUUUGGAGUGUAGGGAAGAGAGAUUUAAGUGGGUUUUGCUUUGAUAAUAUUUCCAAAGUGGUUGAAUCCAUCAGGGCUGAAGAGUGAGGCAAACCCUCAGUUUAUUCACCAAGUAGGUGGAUCUUCAGCGUGAGUUUUUGUUCAGCGAGGCAUUUUUGAGUUUGUGAUGGUUGGUGAUGGGAGAAGAUGUAUGUGUUUGCUUUAACCUUAGGCUCAGGCAAGCUUUCUUGAGAGGGGGCUUGCUGCCGGUAAGGCAACGUGCAUGCGGUUGGUGGGAGGUCUGAGAAAAUCUCUUGGAUUAACUUGUGGCUCUGUUGUACAACUGAGAUACGAAGUGUAUUUUCUUUAUCUGCUAUAAAGCAUGCAUUCAUGAAUACAGUUCACAAAAGGAGCUGAUAAAAAUUGGGUUCUAAUACGGUAUUCAUCUUAUUCCACCACAAACGUGACAGCACUGGUACCUGCAGCGUGCUGGAGCUGUUACAGGGCCUUAUCUGCAAGGAGGCGUGUGGAGAGCUUGACCUACACAAGUAAUCCUGUGGGCCUUCUGCCUUCUCCCUCUCCCAACCCAUGGAUACUGUACACAGAGCAGGGCUACGGAUACGUCUUUGUUAGGGUCGUAGCUGUUGUAGUGUACUGUGGAUUCAGCACGGUUGCCUCUGUCUGUGUAAACUGAAACGCGAACGCGGAAGAAAGAGCGUGUUACUUAGCACUGAUGUGGGUUCUUGCUUCUCUUUAUCUGCAACCUCAUUUUGCAAAGACUCUGUGCAAAUGAAGUUGUUUCUGUUGAACGUUGAUUGGGAAUUCUCUUGCAAGAGAAUAAGUUUAUUUAUAGUACCAAAAUGCAUAUAUGUGACUUCAUUUUGUAUUGAAAAAUGCUGUGUAUUUCUCAAAGACAUCGUUAUUUCUUAUCUGACUAAAUGUCUGAAAAACAUUCCUCUUUUGAUUUUGAAUCUCUGCAGAGUAAUGUAAAUUUUAAGUGUCUGUUUGCAAUGGAUAUUCUUGGUACAACUAUUUUUUGCUGGUUAAUAAUCAGACCAAAGAUUAAACUAAAGUGUUCAGCUGCUAUUGUGUUUUUUUUCUUAAAAAAAAAAAAAAAAAAAAAGUGUUUAUAGGCUCAAAGUGUCAGCCCGUUUUAAUGAAACCUUUAUAAAUUCAUUUUCUAUUUAAUAUCAAAAUACACUUGCACUUUUAUUGUUUCCAUAAAAAGUUGAUGGUUUUAAUAUUUCACUGUAGUAAUAAACAGCAUCUGUGCCU